UCCGGUUUGGGUGUAUGUCUUGCUUCAUUUUUCCGUUCCAAAUCCAAUAUUCUGUGCUUUUUUUCUACUGCAAAUGUGUGUUGCGUUCUCCAUGUGUUCUGUCUGUACUGAGUAUUAAAGAUUGUUUACUAAUUACGAAGGCCGGGGAGUUGAAGGCACAUGUUUUUAAUUUUAAGGUUAGGUGACGGUGUGUUUGAAUACAGUUACUAGCUCGAGGCAAAUCUCAAAAGUUUUAUUUGUAGUCUAUUGAAUAUUCUCAAAUUAAGAAUCAAAAUGAUGCUAAUGUACUAUUUGGGUCCCGAUGGAAGGAGAGUAUACACAUUGAAGACUGUGGCACCUGAUGGUUCUCCAACCUUUUCUGCGCAUCCAGCACGGUUUUCACCCGAAGAUAAAUACUCCAGACAGAGGAUUGCCAUUAAGAAACGUUUUGGCUUACUACCCACACAGCAGAAAGAACCAGUUUACUAAUUUAGUUAUCAAUGGAUAUGUGUAUAUAAGACUUAUUAAAGUGGUUUUAAAUUAUAACCUGUCAUGUUUUUUAUAAUUUCAGCAAUAAAUUUUGUAUUUGCCUGAAA